CAGAGAGCAACUGGUAGCAUGGAUUGCACCUCGGAAGGGGACAGCUGAACUCUCCCUCUGGCUGUAGUGAGGAAAGAGCAGCGAUGAAAUCCGUGGACUGUGUGCACGUCAUCCCGCAGAAGGAUACCGCCUCCUCUCCCUCUGCCCCCCCCGGUGCUGCUGCAGGCGCCACGGGACUCUUUUCUGUCGCAUUCCUGUGGCUGGCGAUGCUCCUGUCCUUUUGCCUUGCAGCAGCGUCUCUUUACCAUGUUAUCACCCUGAAAACAGAAUUAGAAGCUCUGCGCAGCGAGCUGAUCUACAGGGUCCAGGCAAGGUCUCUGCUAGACCGGCCACCUGUGUCCCCUGAUGAAAGUAAAGCGGGUGCCCCUGUUUCUUCCUUCCUGCAAGCGUCUGCAGCUGGCGCCAGGCAGGAGAACAGGCUUCCUGGUCCUGGCCCGACUGGAAGCGUCCGAAAGGAAAUCUGGGAUGGGAGCAGAGACAGGGGGAGAAGGUCUGUUGUCCAUGCAGAAGAAACAGUGCUGCAGGCCUGCUUGCAACUGAUUGCUGACAGCAAAAGCGAUAUCCAACAGAAAGAUGAUUCAAGCAUUGUCCCUUGGCUUCUGAGCUUUAAACGUGGAACAGCUCUGGAAGAACAAGGAAAUAAAAUAGUGAUCAAAGAAACAGGAUAUUUUUUCAUAUAUGGCCAGGUUUUAUAUACAGAUACAACAUUUGCUAUGGGACACCUAAUACAGAGGAAGAAGGCCCACGUGUUUGGUGAUGAUCUCAGCUUGGUGACAUUGUUUCGUUGCAUCCAAAAUAUGCCACAGUCUUAUCCGAAUAAUUCUUGUUAUACUGCUGGCAUUGCAAAAUUAGAAGAAGGGGAUGAACUUCAACUUACAAUACCACGAAGAAGGGCCAAAAUAUCCUUGGAUGGAGAUGGUACUUUUUUUGGUGCAGUUAGACUCCUCUGAAGCCCUUGAUUUCUGUUAUGCUUAAUGCAGUUUUCUUCUUUUCCUAUGCCUUUGUCAGAAAAAAUACUGAAUUGUAAUAAAGCUGCCAAUUCCAUCUCUCCCCAUCCACCACCAACUUCUGAGAACUUUUCUUCGGUUUAAUAAGCGAACCCAAAACAGAAAACGCACCAGACAUACUUGUGAGAUAUAACCAUCAUGUGAUUAACAGAAAACCGAUUGAUUUUAGACAAUGGGAGCACUAAAUAACAACUGUGAAGCAAUGUUUUUUUGGCUUUGAAACAAUUUAUUGUCCAUCAGACAAAUCAAAUGAGCUGGCCAUAAAAUACAGCAUAAACAGGACCAUUGAUUAUCAAAUUAUUAUCCAUAAUUGAAAAGGAAAACUAAAACACAAGUACAUCUUACAUUUGCUUUAUUCCAUCAAUAAAAUA